UCGAAGUAAUAAAUGCCAUCGGGGGUGAUUUAUAUGUCUAUUUUGAAAUUGUAAAACCAUCGAUAAAGUUUCAAUUUCGAUAAUCUGUUUAUUUGUGGAACAAUGCAGAUCAGCUUCCGUUUUAUGGUAUUGACCCUGAUUCCCAUCCUUGGUGGUAGAUGGAGUUGCGUUCGUGGUGCUACGGACGAGGAUGAUCCCUUGGUGACAACCCUUUCACCGGCUGAGGAAUACAAGAACUAUCCGUACUGCUUCCGGUUUACAUGGCUGGGCCCGAAGUAUAACAAGGACAGUCAGUAUAAGAACGUCACCUGCGAAAAUUUGCUGAAGAAAGCCACUGGAAUACCGUGCUUUCAUCCACUGGUGGUCACCAAUAACAGCAACGUUCCGGAUACCGAGUAUAUGUGGAACGAAUACAAGGACAAACCGUCGCAGGUCGCCUGUCGAUUAGUUCGUGGGGAAGUUUGUGCUCGGUUUACCUAUCGGUACAACGGUGCUAUCGAGAACAUCACGUACAUGUGCGCCAAAAUGAACGUGGACAACGAGUCGUCGACGACGUCCGCAUGCUACAGCGAGGAUCGCAGCGGACGGGAGAUCGAGGUGUGUGUUUGCGAAUCGGCCGCUGGGAAGACACCGUGUAACCGAAGCAGUACCAUCCUGCUGGCCCAACUCGGUCAUCCGGUUGUGCUGGUGAUGCUUGCCAUGUUCCAACUGCUGCUGCUACAGGUUUGCUUGAAUCGAUGAUGAGGUGAGUUAUGUGUAAAUUAAGAAACAGUUUCCGAUGUAGUUUUUGAUAGACUCCCAAAACAAAGUUGGAUUAGGUAUAAA